AUGACGACUAGCAAGCAUUUGAUUCGCUUCGACACUUAUGUCAAGCGGCAUCCGUCCCUCACCGUGGAGGAAUUUCACCACACUUGGACCACUAGUCACGCGCAGUUGUUGAAAACUUGGUUGGCACGGCAUGGGGUAUACCGCUAUACUCUGUUCCACACCCCGCCGGAUGUGGCCAAGCAGUACCUAGGUCAGGAGCACGCCGGUGGUGGUCACGUGAUGGAGUCGUUUGAUGGACAUGCGGAGAUUCUGUUGGAGAGUUGGGACAUUCUGGGCCGCCUGCGCGCAGAUCCAUACUAUGUGGAGGUAGUGGAGCCAAGCGAGGUCACAUUGAUUGACAAGGCCUCCGUUGUCAGAAGGGUGGGAUAUGAGGAGGUCUGGGUUGCGGAAGGCAAGGCUGUCGACCAAACCAAGUUCGCCCAUCCAGACUCAAGUCAUACCUGA